ACAACAUGAGAUUAUAGUACAUUCCAUAUUGUUCUCUGCUCAAUGGGAAAAGAUGGUUCAACUGUUAGAACCGAGGAGUCUUAUCCCCUCAUCUCUUCUCCUCCUCCUCCUCCUCCUUCCUCUGUUUCUAAACCUAGUACCACAAGGAAAAUGACCCUUCAGGCACCCACAAAGUCCUUAGGACUGUCGUCUCUUCUUUCUCCGACCGGUAAUCUUGGGUUCCGACCACCGGCCGGUAGUUUUUCUUUGAAGUCGUCUUUCGUGUCUCCGUCACUUCAACUCCUGCUUCCUCCUCAUCAGCGGAUUUCUGUUUCUGGGUCACCCAGAUUUUCCAUGCGGGUGACCUCCAAGCAAGCUUAUAUUUGCAGGGAUUGCGGGUAUAUUUAUAAUGACAGGACUCCAUUUGAGAAGUUGCCUGAUAAGUACUUGUGCCCUGUAUGUGGUGCUCCUAAGCGCAGAUUCAGGCAAUAUGAGCCUGCUGUGACCAGAAAUGCUAAUGAAACAGAUGUUAGGAAGGCAAGAAAGGCCCAAAUUCAGAGAGAUGAUGCAAUUGGGAAGGCACUCCCCAUUGGAAUUGUGGUUGGAAUUGUAGCUCUUGCUGGUUUAUACUUCUACGUCAAUAAUGGGGUUGUAGGUUAGGUUGAAUGAAAGUGAAAUUGAUUAUUGGGUGUUGUAAUUUUAGUAUCUUUUGUAUGUUUCCUUUUGGCAUGCAACACUUAAUACAUAGUUUUUCUUCUUUUUGUUGAUGGGUAUGAUAUUAUGAUUCGAACCUUUUUCUAGGGACGUUCUUAUGGUU